AAGUCGCUUUGUAUUUACGCCUUGUUCAGAGUUCAUAAGUGAUGAAUUAAAUUUAAUAAGCAUUUUAAGUGUAUUGAUAGUGAAAGAAAGGUAAAGAUGGGCAAACGUUUGUUGGCUUGUUUUGUUUUAGCCAUUUCUGUGGUUGGAAUCAGUUGUCAAGAUAAUGAAGUGAAAGCAGAUACGGACAACGUAGUUUUAGAAUCAGGAAUAUGCAGACAAUGUAAAUGUGCAGACACAAAAGUAGAUUGCACUGAACAAGGUUUAAUCAAAUUCUUCAGUAAAAGCGAAUGGGACGCAUUGCAAUUAAUGAAGCCAACUCAUGUAGACAUGAGUGAAAAUUCUUUUAUAAACAUAACAGUGAUGGCGGAUCUGCCAAUACAAGUGUUGAAUCUUUCUCGAUGUGGUAUACAGUUCAUAGAGAGCACAAGUUUCAGAGAUCUACAAGAAAUGGUCACUUUGGAUUUGAGUCACAAUAAAUUGACUUCUGCAAAGUUGAGUCCGCAUGCAUUUGAGGGUCGGUACUCCCCCGAAGAGUACGAACCUCUCAUCUCCAUGAGGAACCUGAAUUUGGCAUACAACGACCUUCACUCACUGCACCAGGAUCUUUUUGAGCAUCUACCAGAGUUGGCGGAACUGGAUCUGAGUGGGAAUCCUUUAACCACCAUAGACCAAGUCACGUUGAUCGCUAUUUCCAGUUUGCCUAUGUUGAAGGUCCUGCGAUUACGUUCAUGUCAACUGACGGAGAUCCCUGAUAAGUUUUUGCAUACGCCCCGCUAUUUGGAACGCCUGGACAUUAGUGACAAUGAACUGACAGCUGUGCCUCAAGAGCUGGAGGAAACCAAGAAUCUGAUUUACCUGAACUUGAACCAGAACCCAAUAGUGGAAUUAAUCGCCGAUUCUGAAGACAAUCCUGGUUUCCCAAACCUUCGUAAGUUGAAAGAACUUCACAUGUGCAAUAUGCCGGAAUUGAAGGCAAUAGGUGCCGGCACUCUUGCUGGGCUCGAGGCGUUAGAAAAUCUUCAUAUGAGCUACAACCCUAAACUUAGCACUAUAGAUCCUAAGGCUUUAGCGAGGGUUGAUGAUAUAGGAGAAACUUAUGACUGGCCGUUGAUUAAAGAGCUGUAUCUUCAAUCAAACAACCUAUCUGGUAUUGACUCACGACUGAUAGCUCGCUGGGAUAUUCUGACUGUGAUUGAAGUGGCCAACAAUCCAUUAUCAUGUGAUUGCACCACCCAAUGGAUGGUUGAUAAUCUAGUGCCGGCCAUCGAAUCACUAAAAGUUAAUGCUUCUGAAAAUCUUGUAUGCCAAGAGCCUAUAGAAAUGCGGGGAUAUACCAUGAAGCACCUUCACGAUAUCCACCGCAACAUGAGAUGUCUUGACAAAUACGGAAAUAGGCCAGAGAGAGACGGCGCCAUUCUUCUUGGCUUGCUUAUCGGGGUCCUGUUGGCUGUACCCGUGAUGUUGGCUUUGGUGUUGAUGUGGAGGAAUGGCUACUUCGCAUGGGCCGGCCUGCGCGGACCCAGCGUCGCUUCUAGAGCAUUCUACAAACGGGCACCCGACGAUGAUAAUUAUAUGUAAAGUGAAUAGUGAUAAUGUAAACAUCUAUAUUAAAUGCACAUUUUGAAAUAGGUUCAUUUAUAAAUGAUAUUUAUAAAUUCAUGAGUAUGAUUGGUUGUAUCGGUCUAGGUAUUUCCUAAGUAUGUAUUUACGAAAACAAAAAUAUAUCUAUGUAUUUGUAUCAGUUAUCCAGUACCCAUAACACAAGCUUUAGCUAGCUUGACUUGAGUCUAGAUGGCGCUGUUUGAAUUGCCCUGAGAUCAUUAUUAUUAUUUUCACUAUUGCCUUGUUUUCUUUGCUUUUGCAGGUUAUUAUUAUUAUGACUAUAAAUUACUCAGUCUAAUUUUAAAUAGUCUAUAAAAAGUUUUAAACAUAAUAAAAUCAGAUUUUAAAAUGCAACGAUCUCAAUGUCUGUAGCAUUACCUAAAAAAAUGGCAGGAAAUAUUGUAAAAGAAAACGUGGUUACAUCUUAAAUAUAAA